CAUAGAUCACAAGGUUUGCUGCAGAGACUACCUUCGACGAGAAACCCUUCCGAUAGAAGAAAAUGAGACACCUCCCGAUUUUGUUGAGGAAGUACUCUUUGUUGCCAAUCUCUCUCCCCAAACUAUAUUCUCAGAUAUCAUGUACUUCUUCAAAGAUGUUGGAGAAGUUGUUAGUGUUUGGCUCAUUGUAAACCACGAGGGUAAGCAUGUGGGCUAUGCCUUUGUUGACUUUGCUUCUGCUUACCAAGCAAAAAAGGCGCUGGAGAAGAAGAAUGGUGAAUAUUUGCACGGUCAUCAGAUUUUUCUUGAAGUGGCUAAGACAGCUCCAGACCCUCCACGACCCAAGUAUUGCAUAGAUCACAAGGUUUGGUAUGAAGACUACCUUCGACGAGAAAGCCUUCUGGUUAAAGAAGAUGAGGCAGUAGACGGACUUGAUUGUAUUCUUGAUUUUAUUGAGGAAGUUGCCGCAAGAAAAAGGACGCUAUUUGUUAACAAUAUCCCUUUCAAAGCUAAAAUAUCACAUAUCAUCAAGUUCUUCAAAGAUGUUGGACAAGUUGUUCGUUUUCGACUUAUUGUAGACCACAGGGGUGAGCAUGUGCGUUGUGGCUUUGUUGAGUUUGCUUCUGCUAACGAAGUAGAAAAGGCGCUGGAAAAGAAGAAGAAUGGUGCACGUUUGCAUGGUGUUAAGAUUUUUCUUGACGAGGCGAAGCUAGCUCCAUACCCUCUCCGACCCAAGUACAAUUUUGCAGAGAAGCUUUGGUUGAAGGUAGAAAGCUAUUUGAUAGUAGAAGAAGAAGAAGAAGAAUUGGAGACCAAACCGAAUCUGAAGAAACAGGAGGUACCUAUGAUGGGCGAAUUCUGCAGUAAGAAGAUUAUCUUCUCUGACGAUGACUGAUAGACACCAUGAAACACAGAGUCAAAGCUUAUUACCAACCUCCAUCACGAAGCACAGUUGCUCCGGGUAAUUGUAAAGUAUUGGCUUCUUUUGGUGUCAAAAAACUGACUUCUACCAAGUAAACGAGUAUUCUCUAAACCAGUCCGUAUUGGCUUCAUCUGUCAUUAUCCACCAACCUGAUUAUUCCAUCAAGAAAGUAAAGAAAUAUGCAAACUUUUUUAAAAUUCUUUUUUGUUGUUUAAAACGAUUUAAAGUGCAUCAUACCUUGAUCCUGAAGACAAAGAGACACACGUGUGGCAGUAACAGCAUUUUUUAGCUGGUGAUGCCCAAGCAUGCGUAGAUUUAAAUCACUAAGGCCAACUGAUAAGCUGUCUCAAGUAUGUGUGAGCCGGAAGAAGCACGUGAUAAAUGAGGGAGAUCACGUGAGUGAAGAGAAGAAAGAAGAUUGAUCAAGAAGCAAUUGUCUAUAAAUACUUGGAUCAGACUUGUAAUUAGGGUCCGAAUGGUAACAGCGUUUUUUGCUGUGCGGGGAAAGCGGUAUUAUAGUGCGGUACGGUUCAACUGCGGUACGUGCGGGAGAAAAGUAUUUGCGGGACAAGUGCGGUUUGUACAAAAUAAGCGGUACGGAAUAAUGUUUGAUUGGUGAAAAAACUAUUUGCGGUACACAAUAAAAUGUUUGAAUGAUAAAAAAAGUAACAAGCGGUACGCAUUACCGAUUAUAGAUAAAUAUGUUAGAAAUAAAUAUACUAAUAUUAUUAGUGUUUUUUUGGUAAUAAAGAAA